AUGGCCAACAACCUAUGGAGACUCACCUCCACCUACCAAUCGUUGUCUUCCAUAAAUAACCUCUUGAAGGAAGUUGAUGUUGACGAGCUUGAUACCUUGAACCUUGUCUCUCAACUAUUGUUCAAAAUGUUGGACCAGACUGAUAUCUUGCACGACUUGAUCCACAACUCAAAUGCCUCCUUGCUAAGAUUUCUAGAAUCGACCUUCAUUCUAAACUUGUUGAUUAAUUAUGUCAUCAACGACUAUGAUGAUUUUCUCUCUAUAAAGGAACUCCACCUUCAUAAAUCUCACCCUCACACUUUAAAUAACAAUAACAACACCACCACCACCAACAACAUUGACGACAGCAACAACCAUAAAGAUCAUGAUGAAAUCGACUACGACAUUGAAAUCGAAACCCAUGUCAAUCAUGACAAAAAUUUAUACACCUACGACACCUCCCCGGUCAACUCCAAUAAAGAAUCAAACCAGGAAAUUUACAGCAGAAGAUCCUCUAUCGCUUUGGAAAUUCUUUGUGCCGAUAUUUGGUCCAUAACUGAUUCCCUAAUCAACUCAAACUACUUGCUCUUCAAAAUUUGGUCCGUUUUAAACACAAAUAAAUCAAUCUCAAUUGUCAAAUCAAAUAAUUUCAUGAAAAUCAACGAAAACUUACUCAACACUAAACUAUCCAUUCUACUAAGUUUUAUCACUACUAAAUUCAAAAAAAACUUGGUCAACAAGUUCCUAAACCAAAUCACAAACCCUCCACUAAUGGACUUUCUUCUAAAACUAAUUUCCUCCGAUAAACAAGAAUCUUCAACUAAUAUCAUUAAUAUUCUUCACGACCAAAACCUCAUCCCAAAACUAAUCAACUUUUUGAAACCGGAUUUCAACUCCUCCAUCCAAUCUUCAACUGCUGAUUUUCUAAAAGCCUUGAUUACAAUCUCCGCAAACUCAACAAACACUGACGACAAAUCAAUCAUAGGCCCAAACAAACUAACAAGACAACUAGUCUCUCCCCCAAUCAUCCAAAAACUCAUCAAAAUCAUGCUUUCAGGUAACUCCUCCCUAUCAAACUCUGUCGGUAUCAUCAUUGAAAUUAUCAGAAAAAACAACUCAGACUACGAUAUCUUACCGAUGAACUUUAUCACAAUCGAAUCUCAUCCCCCAAAUUCAAGAGACCCAAUUUACCUAGGCUAUUUAGUCAAGUUGUUUGCAAAAAACAUUAAAAACUUCAAUGCCUUACUUCUUAAACCCUAUCCCUCAAAUAACCUUAAAAAGACCUCCUUCGGUGAAAUUGAAUACUUGGGUUUUGAAAAAUUCAGAAUUUGCGAACUAAUUGCUGAACUAUUACACUGCUCAAAUAUGGCUCUUUUAAAUAACCCCAAGGGCGAAGAAAUCGCCAAAGAACGAGAUGAAACAAGAAUCAGAAUCUCAAACAUCAACAACAAUUACGAAAAUGAUGAUGAUUACAACCAAAUUAAUAACUCAAUCAAUAACUCCAUAAAUAACUCGAUCAAAAUCGAUAACAAAUCCUCAGAAGUAGAUGAAAGCGAAGAUAUUCAUAUGGAUACGAUAUUAUUCAGAAAAAACCCAAUUAUUGGUGACCAACUAAAAAUUGCUUUGCACGAUACUAAAAUAAUCAAAAACAUCUUGUACUUGUUUUUCAGAUUUCCCUGGAAUAAUUUCUUGCAUAACGUCAUUUUUGACAUUGUUCAACAAAUUUUAAAUGGUUCGAUCGAAAUUGGUUUCAAUAGAUAUCUAAUUCUAAACUUAUUCUUACACUAUGACUUAAUUUAUUUUAUUUUAAAAGCAGAAAACGCUUCCUUAAGCUACGAAAAAUCAAAUAAUGGAUUAAGAUUAGGAUUUAUGGGUCAUUUAACUUUAAUUUCGGAAGAAGUUGUCAAGUUUUUACAAUUUAUUGAUAACCAUGGAAGAAUACAAUUUAACGACGUGAUUAACAAUGAUGCAUGGUUUGAUUAUAUUAAUGGAUCACUAAAGGAAACAAGAGAAAAAUAUAAUGCUAUUUUAGGUGAAGAUAAUAAUAACAGAAAUAAUGAUGAUUCCAUGAAUGGUUAUUAUAAUGAUGUUAAUUACAAUGACGAAAACAAUAAAUUGAAUGGGAGCAAUCUUGACAUAAUCAGUAGUUACGAUGAAGACGAUAGUGAUGAGGAUGAUAAUUUUUCUAGUUGGGAUGGUAGUCAAAUUAGGAAAAAAAAAAAAUCAAAAAACAUUAACGACGAUAAAAAUUAUUCUAGCCCAGUGAUGGAUGGAUUUUCAGAUGAUUACGAAGAUCCUAAUGAUGAUGGUCAAAACUACUCCAAGUCAUCGCCAUUAUACAAUUCGAUUUUGCAAAAUUCUUUUGGUGCACCAAGUAAAGCGCUAUUGCCUCAACUAAAACUAAAGCCAAAGUUCAACUCCCUAACUGGAAACGAUAAGCAAAACAGUAAGAAUACCAAUAACAACGAUUAUUUGGAUGAAGAUGAUGAGGUGGAUUUGGAAGACCAAAUUGACGAUGAGGAGGACGACGAUGAUGAGGACGACGAUGAUGAGGACAAAUACAAGCUAUCGCGAAGUAAAAGCAAAGGAGAUAUGAAUUGGAAUGAAGAUGAACAAAAGCGAUUGCUCAGUAUCGGUAGUUUUAUUCAUGCUCCUAAUCACAAAUAA